AUGGAUAACACAGAGGGUAAUAAAUCAAUAAAUGCAGCAGCAACGAGGAAAAGAAGAUCGUCAAUAUUGAAGAGUCAAAGGCCGCCACGCACACCAUUCUCGGAGCUAGAGUUCAAAGUUGCUACACCCUCCGACACAGCAAAGAGUCGGCGUGUCAGCUUCUCCAGGCGAACGGGCGUCGCAGAGUUUGUUACUAAUGAAGCAACUACAACAUGGAAAAACUUCUAUGAAGAGAACAAUAAGAGUCUAGAAUCGUCUGGCAAUGAGUCAGCGGCCAAUGCACAAAAGCCAAUGACAAUAGUGCAAAUAGGCAGAUCAAUAUUUGAACAGCAAUUCGAUGGAGUAGUAGCAGUCGAUAUCGGAGACACCAUCGUACCCACAAACACAAGACAGGACUUUCAAACAUCCCUCAACAAUGGCAAUUAUCCGCAACAAGUUCCUGCCUUAGAAUGCACAGGAGAGAGACUCACUUUACCGCAGCAGAACUUCGAACUGAGCGCUCUAACAGAUCAUCAAAGCAAAUUAUUCGGAAAUGACAUAACUUGCGCAGGCAUGACUGAAAUGACGAAUCCCAUGAGCGUUAACUUCUCAGUCAUGCAGGCUCUGGGUGGGAAGUGUGACGAUUUGGACGAAAUAGAGCAGAAUAUGAAACGCGCACAGCAAAAUGUCAUCUGUCCGGGGCCAGUGUACAGCGGGAACAUAUCUGAAUAUAUCGAAGUUCUAGAAGAAGAAGAUCUCAAUAUGACGCAUGUCGGUUUGAAAAAUGAUGAGUAUGACAUGUCUAUAACUGAUACAGUUUGUAGUCCGAAAGUGCAGGAAGUACCCAAAAAGUCGCUAAACAAAAAGUCUAUAGCUGAAUUUAACUUGGAGGAUAAAGAAAAUUUGGCAGUUAACCCCUACGCGCCGAUAUUAGAGUCCGAUAACUUUGCAGUUAAUGAAGAGUUGGAUAAAGUAUUAGUGUUUGAUGGCAAGAGAUUGACUGUACAGACAGAGAAGAAAGUGAUUCAUUCAAAAGCAGAAACGCAGCCCAGAAAGACGAUCGUUUCGAAUACAAAUGACGAUUUACCCAAUUUUGCAACUCCUAUAACAAAACUAAAUCAUGACACAGUGAAGUAUAGUGAAGAAAAUUUGUCAAUGACGCAAGCACUGGAAGGUAAAAUAGACAUUCCCAGACGACAGACAAUAGUUUUUGAAAAUGAUACGUGUAACUUAUCCAUGACACAAGCCAUUCCAGCAAAGGUUAUUGUCGCACCAGCACCAAUGAUCAGUCACGAGGAUAAACAGAAGACUAUCGUAUAUGAAGACGACAGUAUUUCUUUCACGCAAGCAUUACCGGCUAAUUUAAUUCCAAAUAAACAGCAUGAGAGAACCGUACAUUUCAACAGUAGCGACCUAUCGUUCACGCAAGCCAUGCCUCAAAAUAUAGUACAGGCUAAGAGGCAAACGAUUUGCAAUGAGGUUGAUAUAUCUAUAACACAAGCUAUACCCACAAAUAUCUUGACUAACAAAGAAAAUGAUGGUAAAACAGUUUUGUAUGAUAACGAUAUUGAUAUAUCCAUGACGCAAGCAGUGCCUCAGAAUAUUAUAUUGUCCCAGAAUUAUAGUGACAAUCAUAAGACUGUCGUUUUUGAUGAUAACAAUUGUGAUAUUUCAAUCACAGAAGCUUUGCCGCCCAAAGCGAUUCUGCCAAUACUAGAAAAUGUAUUAAUUGCGGCAUGUGAUGGUACGGAAAGGGAAACCAUUGAUACAACACAAAAGGAAAACAAUCUGAACAAAACACAAGUUAAAAAUCAAGAUAUAUCCAUGACACAAGCUUUACCUCCAAAUAUUAUUCUAUCUAAACAAAAUAAUGAUGAAACAAAACACGAAUAUGAUCAGAACAUGUCAACAACGCAAGUUUUGCCUAAUCGGUUAUUAAUGGAUAACGAAGAAUUAUCUUACAAAAAACCAAUUGAAAAAGAAGAAAUGAUAGAGCCAGAUGAAGGAAAGAUACAUAAGCAGGUCAUAAAGGAAACAUGUAAUGAUAUGAUCAACAAAACGUAUGAUGAUAAGUGUGAUUUAGGGAACUUGUCGCUCACUAAGCCUAUUCCUGGCGAUAUUCUAACGAUUAAAACUGAUUUAGACAAAACACAUGAAAAUAAGACAUUUACUAAACCUGAAAAACAAAUGUGUGAACAACAGGAUAUUAUCGUGUACCAAUCAAUAGAAUGUAAAACAGAUGCUAAAGAAAAAGAACCGUAUCGAGAUGAAACUGAAAAGGGUAAGGUGACAGAAACGGUUUCAUGUAAAAAUUCAGAUGCAUCACUAAAUGAACAAGAUUAUUUUGACAAAAAUGAUGAUAACCCUAAGGAAGCUAUAACAAAUAUGACUAAAGAAUUAAAAGUCGAAAGUAAUGUCGACGUGAAGGAAGAAAACAAUGAAUUAGCUGAUAAAAUUAUUAGUGGUACUACCUCGAUCACUUCACACAGCUCACUGAAACCGAAAAAGUCUAUAUUAAACGAACUAUUAGACAUGUCCAACGCGUCAUUAGAUCAUUCUGAUGAAGAGAAGAAUUUUAUGGCCGUAGUCGAAUCUCCAAUGAAGGUUGAAGAUGUUAAAAGUAAUACUUCUUCGAAAAGUGGAGUAUUUAUCAUAAGAAGAGAUAGCAAUUGCGAAACUACAGAGCUUGCAUACGUACAGGCGGAUGAAAAGAUUGAGACGCUCGAUAAACCUCAAAUUAAGAGUCAUAUUCCAGCACUCGAGUACAAAGAAGAGGAUUGCGUCAGUGAUUUGAACGAUAAAAUAGACGAAUUGAAAGCAGCAACAAAGAAUAUACAUUAUGAAGAAGCUAUAAAUGCGGAAGUCAACUCUGAAGAUAAGCUAUGCAAAAAAUCUAACAUAUCGAGGGGUUCCAAAUCUCUAAGCGCCGCGGACGAUACGCGGGAACUUCUGCAAAUGUUAUCCGAAUUUACCGAUCGUCGUUCUUUGCCGCCGAUAAUCGAUGAACCUGAGACGGAGUAUGACGGUCAUGAUGAGAAAGUCCAAAUCGACUCCAAUAAGAGCUCCUUUGCAAACAGACGACCUACCCUCAGCAGGGAGGAUUUACUCAAUAACAUAUCGAUGGCGCAAGCGGCGCUGCAGCAAUCGCGAUUCGACGUUGACAGCGAUAGUGUUGAAGAAACGGAUGAUUCUCCAAACGAAGUUAUAGCUGUCGAGAAAUCCGGUAGACGCUCUCUAAGGAUCAGCAGUGAUGUGGUGAAGGCUUUACAAUUCGAUGAAACAGCAAGCGACAUAAACGCUGAACUGGAAACGUCACCGCUCAAGAAAACGGCAUUCGGUGAAACGUCAUACAUGAAAGAAACGAAACACGAAAAAGUUAAAGUUAUACCGACGUACGAUGUGUCGGAUGGGAUAAAGGAACUAAUGAGUGAUUUAGUCAAGCCCUUGGCGGAUGUGUUACCAUUCGAAUCCGGUGUUGAGAAACCUAAGAAUACUCCAUCUACAGUCAGCACGCAAAUUCAAGCAAAUCUCAUCACUUCGAGUCAAAUCGAUUUGGAUGUUGAGUUACAUUCGAAUACGGAAUCUGUCAUUUCCAUCAAGAAGGAUUUGGCUCUAAUGGAUGAAAUAGCACGCUUGGGUGACAGAGCCGUGUCUACCAUCUUGAAAAACUCAGUGGGCCCGGUGUCCUUGGAUGUGUCUAUGGAAGAAGUCCAUCAACCCGAGCAGAAGCCCGAAAGGUGUCUAGUUAGAGAGCAAAAAACACCGCGAAACAACCAAUCUAUACCCGGACAAAUUAUUUACUUCGAUCAGCAUAAUCCUCUGAACAAUGUUCUCAUAUCGCCAAUGGAUUAUGAAAAUGCCCAUCCAUACAAUCCAAUAAAAUCUCACGAAACAUUAGUACCGGAGAAACGCUCCGUACAAUUCUCAGAUUCGAAAGAAAAUAAAACUGAAGUUGAAAGAGUCACGACGCAAUAUAACGUGGACGUGCAGAAUUUACCAUCUGGUGACGCGUGUAUAGACAAAAAGGAAAACGAAAAAUCUGAAGAUAUCAAGAGCAUUACGUCAAACACAAGCAAACCGCUGUCCAUAGAUCGGUCCACUGAAGGCAUUGCUGCGGAUUUGAAAGACACAGAGAUUAACACGGAAAUUGCAAUGAAGAAGAAUAAAGAGUUAUUGGAAGCCAACUCGUCUCUAACUCUCGUAGAUGACGCGCUAGCUCGCAGUACAUUCGACGUAGACAUCGACAGCCGUCCGUUUUCUGAAGAUGAACUAACCAGCAAGCAAUCGGCGAUAAGAGUGAUAUACAAAAUGGACAAAAACGGCGUCCUAACUGAGAAAAUAGAAUCGAAUGACGUCAUAGAUUUGACAUCGAACGAGGAAGAGUUCUACGAAGACAUCCAAUCGGCGAAGGGCAGAAAGCGAAGCUAUAGUCCAACAAAGCAAGAAAAGAACAAACCGACCGUGGACGUAACUCCGAAACAAGUAAGCAAGAUACAGAAGAUCUCGAGAAGCCCGAGUGUGAGUGAUAAAGAAAAGUCGCCAAAGAAGGCAAUCUCGGAGAAACAAUCUCCGAAGAAGACAAGAAGCAGUCCGAAGAAUCGGAAACCGUCGGUGACGAUACAGCAGCUGCUAACUGAAUACAACAUAGUGGAUGUAGAUAGAAAGACGAUAUCGGACGAAGUUGAUCACGCGAUAAAGAACGUUAUGUCCAUCGACUCAGAGAUGAAGGAGAGUAUACAAACGGUGACGUCAUACAGCACAGACGUCAUUACAGAAGCCACUGAGAGUGUUCCGAAUUUGAAGGCGUACGAAAGUGAAAUGUCACCGGAUUGGCCUCAAGAAACGCUUAGCCAGGAGAGCUCUAAGAACUUCUUUGGCGAAUGUGACUCGAGUUCGAAUGUGGUGGCCAAGCUCAACAUGCUUCCUUUUAUGGGGACGCCGGACUGCGAGUGGGAGAGCAGCACGGGCGACGUGUGGUCGUUCCUCUUGCUCCGCUCGCGGGUGCGCGCGUGCUUCCGUCUCGCUCACUCGUACCUGAACGCGCCGCGCUCGAGGGUGACGGCCGAUACGCCGGUGCUGGGCGUUGUUGUGGAUUCGGCUCGCGAUGAGGACAAGGAGCCGCUGGUCGCGCUGUGCGUGCGCCUCGCGGCGGAGGCGAUGCGGCUCGAGUGCGCGCGCAGCUGCCGCGGCGCCGGCGACGUGCCCGCCGCGCUGGCGCGCUGCCGCCGCGUGGCGCGCGCCGCGCUGCGCUGGCUGCGCGCCAUGCGGGACGCCAUGUGCCGCCUGGCCUUCGCCCUCACCGCCGACGGCUGCCUCACGCUCAAGGUGGCUAACGUACCGCUGCGUUCAGUGUGGGAGCUGUCAAUGAAGAUUGAAUUAAUUGUGGAGGAUGCGCAAGAAACCGCCUGGCCGAAGGCCGGUUCCAUUGGUAUCACUACUAUAGUUGCGGACGAGAUGAUCCCCGUCGAGACGCUGUGCCGAGUGGCCAAGUCAGUGCCGCACGACUGGGGCCACGCGCCGAGAACGAUAUGGAAGUUGUUCAAAUUUCUCAAGCACAAAAUGAGGGAUGAGGACCUGUGCGGCCUCACGAUACUGAAUACGCUCAAGUGCCAUUAGCUGUCUACACUCAACAAGACUGACUCGCGUGAAGAUGUAGCGUUACUCAAACUCAAACUCAAACUCAUACUCUAACUCAAACUCAAUCACAUACUCCCAACUCAAACACAAAUUCAUACUCAAAGCUCAUACCACAACUCAAAACUCAUACUCAAACACAAAUACAAAUUCCCGACUCAAUCUCAAACUCAAAUACAGGUUGUGCGUAAAUUUAAAAAGGACGAAUGAAUGGUAUAAUUUUGUUUAAUUAAAUACCUGCAUAAUAUUGAAAAUGUAUGACGAUAUAUCACGAGGGAGAAAGUUUUAAUAAUAUGACAAUCGGUUCAGCCGUUUAGUUUUAUUUGGAUUGGAGCUUUUUUAAGCAACUAGCUAAAACACUGAAUAUUUUACAAAAACAGGGCAGCAAAAUCUAAUAUAUAAAAUUCUUGUGUCACAGUUUUCGU